GACACUGUAUCUUAGCGGUCUUAGCAGGGGUCGUAUUACAGCUCAAAAACUCCGUGCUUUCUGCCCCUCGCUAGCUACAAGUUUAUCUACACUCCUGUCCCGUCCCUCUCGAGCCAUGGAUCUCUUCCCAUCAACACUCGUUACAUACAUUGCUAUCUCCGUCGUGACUCUUCUUGUCGGUUGGCUCAUCAUGGGUCUCUUCGGCGGCAACAAAUUCUCCGUCGAGGGCAAAGUAUGACCCAUCAUGAUACGUCUCAUGAUCAGUCCCUUUCUGCCACAGCACGACUAACAAUGCCGGUAGACGGUCCUCAUCACCGGCGCAUCCGAAGGCAUGGGCCUCAGCGCAGCCACUCAAUUGUCUGCCAAGGGCGCAAAUAUUGUUCUCGUCUCUCGAAGCGCCAGUAAACUCGAAGCUGCACUCUUCACCGUCAAGGCCGCAGCCAAGAACCCCCAAAACCAACGCUUCCACUACAUCGCCGCCGACGUCUCUGCCGAAUCAUACGCCAAGCCCCUCCUCGAAGAAGUCAUCAGCUGGAACAAUGGCCAAGCCCCCGAUAUCGUCUGGACCAUUGCUGGAUUCUCGUUCCCCGAACUGUUCGUCGAUAUGGAAAUGAAGUCAAUGCGACAGCACAUGGACGUCAACUUCUGGGGCACAGCUGAGAUGGUACAUGUCGUUAUGCGCGAGUGGCUUGCUGUGGACAAGCCUGUCGAAAAGGAGCCCAAGCACUUCAUCAUGACUGGAAGUGUCUGUGCCUGCUAUUCUCCUCCAGGAUACACUCCCUACACCCCCUCCAAGUACGCAAUGAAAGGUCUGGCCGAAUGUAUCCAGCAAGAAGUCAUGCUGUAUCCUCAGAAUGUUCAAGUCCAUCUGGUUUUGCCUGGCACCAUUCUCUCUCCUGGUAAUGUCCGCGAGAACGAGCAUAAGCCCGAGAUCACCAAGAUCAUUGAGAAGGACGAUCCCAAGCAAACCCCAGAUGAAGUUGCGGCGGUAGCUAUCAAGGGCCUGGAAGCUGGACAGCACCAUAUUACUGUCAACUUCCUUGGUUCACUCAUGAAGUGGGCAUCUUUUGGUGGCACUCCCAAGAACAGCUUCAUUGAUGUUCUUGGAGCUCUGCUUGCUACAAUUGUGUGGGUCUUUGUUCGUCCUAUUCUUGACCACCAGAUCAAGAGCCACGCAAAGAAGUACGGCCACCCAAGCUUGCACAAGAAAGCCCCAAGCGCUUAAUAUUAAUAAUGCAUUGUCGGGUUCCAAAAAAUCCAAGUAAUGAUUAGAGAUACCCAUUUAAUAAUAAUAAUGACCAAACCUGCUAUGCUUUUCUGAUAUCUAUCUAUGUGGUGGUAUCUAUCAAUAUCUAUAGUCCCCGUUUAUACGCCG